AUGACUAUGAUGUAUCUUGCGCAAAUUAUAUUGGUGACAAUGUUGCUUCUGAUAAACACAGAAUACAGUCUAUCAUUGAAGUGUUACACAUGCAGUUUCUGUUCAAUACCAUUUGAUCCAAACUCACCACUAGUUGAUGAACAUUAUGGUUGUAAAUGGUGUGCAAAAAUUAGGAUAGAAGGUAUACCCUUUCCACAUAGACUCUGUGCAGCUGAUUGUGGAUUUAAUUACUGGAAAAGAAAUUUUACUUCGUUUAGUUAUGAUUGUUGCCAAACAGACUUAUGUAAUAAAAGCAUACAGACUCGAGUAAUACAUAAAUUUCUACUUAGUCUUGUCUUAAUUUUUAUUUGUUAUAUUGUUAAUAAGAAAAACUGA